CUUCUUCUUCUUCUUUAAAUUAUGGCUCCGCCCUGAGGUAGGGUCGAUACAGCCAGGAUCAUGACUCGAAUGAUGCAAUACUAAAACUUGAUAGAAUACUAAAGCGGAAAUAGAAUACUCGGCCACGGACGUCCACCUCAGUCCGUGGCUCGCACCGAAUCCAAUAAAGACUUCAGACGCGAAUGAGGCCUCGAACGCGUUUGUAGUUGGCACUAAAUAGUAGCAAUCUGGAACCUGGAGCAGUAUUAACGAAAACCGAGCGCGGCCCAAAGAAAUAUCGUCGAGAUGGCCGACAGGCGAUUCAGCAUGGUGAACUAUUUCGCGGAGAACGAGGGCUACCGAUGCGGCUACUGCAAGAACCCCGACACGAAUUUCAGUCACGGUAUGUGGGCGUACAUGUUGACGGUGCACGACUACCAGAGCUUGAUAGACAGGGGAUGGAGGCGGAGCGGUAUGUACUGCUAUAAACCCACAAUGAACCUGACCUGCUGUCCGCAAUAUACUAUCAAGUGAGCAAUAUUCCUGAUUCCUGAAUUUGAGAUGUAAUAUGUAUAUAUGAUGUAUUG